AUGAAGCCCGCCGCCGUGAGGAAAGACGCUGGCGGCGGCAUUGGCGGUGGCGCGUUCGGCAUCUCCUGCCUCGACAUCAAAUCCUUCGGCGCCUCCCUGGUGCUCUUCGCCCUCAUCAUGGCGCUCUGGCAGUUCCACCCGUACCAGCCAAUCCUCGCCAUCACCCGCUCCUCCUGUCCCCUCAUCCCUCCCCCAUCUACCGCCGCCACCGCCGCCACCACCACCACCACCGCAGUAUCCUUCUUCAACUCCACAGCCGACAGAGCCGCACCGACCACUGCCGCCAGCGCGACAAAGGCGCCAACCUUGCCAUCCCGGCCACGGGACCCCAACAAGCGGGAGCUCCGGCCGUACGGCAGCGCGGCGGCGCUGUUUGUCCAGAUGGGCGCGUACCGGGGCGGGCCGCGCACAUUCGCCAUCGUGGGGCUGGCGUCCAAGCCGGCGCACGUCUUCAGCACCCCUUACUUCAAGUGCGAGUGGCUCCCCAACCCGGACCCGGCCGGCGGCCCGCCGCCGAGGCCCGUCCGGACCAAGGCGUACAAGAUGCUGCCCGACUGGGGUUACGGCCGCGUCUACACCACCGUCGUCGUCAACUGCACGUUCCCGACCAACCCCAACGCCGGCAACCGCGGGGGAAAGCUCCUCGUCCACGCCUAUUAUUCCACCUCCUCCCGCCGGUACGAGCGCUUCGUCGCGCUCGAGGAGGCGCCGGGGUCGUACGACGGGUCCCGCUUCCAGCCGCCGUUCCCCUACGAGUACCUCUACUGCGGCUCCUCCCUCUACGGCAACAUCAGCGCCCCGCGGAUGCGGGAGUGGUUGGCCUACCACGCGCAUUUUUUCGGCCCAAGGUCGCACUUUGUUCUCCAUGACGCCGGCGGCGUCAGCCCGGCGGUCAAGGCGGUUCUGGAUCCGUGGGUGAGGGCCGGCCGGGUCACUCUCCAGGACAUCAGGGCGCAAGCAGAGUACGACGGGUACUACUACAACCAGUUCAUGGUGGUGAACGACUGCCUCCACCGGCACCGCCACGCGGCGAACUGGACCUUCUUCUUCGACGUCGACGAGUACAUCUACCUCCCCGACGGGCGGUCGCUGGAGGAGGUGCUCGGCCAGCUCGAGCGGUACACGCAGUUCACCAUUGAGCAGAACCCCAUGUCCAGCAAGCUCUGCGUGGAGGAUCCGACCAAGGGCUACUCGAGGCAGUGGGGGUUUGAAAAACUUGUUUUCCGUAAUUCGAUCACCGGAGUCAGGCGGGAUCGCAAAUACGCCAUUCGAGCAAGGAAUGCAUACUCCACUGGUGUGCACAUGUCUCAAAAUGUGUACGGGAGGACGACCCACAAAACCGAAAGCUUGAUUAGAUACUACCAUUAUCAUAACUCGAUCAAUGUCAUGGAGGAGCCUUGCCGGGAGUUUGUGCCGAAACCCACCAAUGGCAGCAAGGUAAUGUUUGAGGAGGUACCGUACGUCUACGACGAUAACAUGAAGCGUUUGGCGGGUGAUAUCAAGCGCUUCGAGGAGGAGACAGUUGGCGUGGUCUAUUCAUAG